AUGAGUCUCGACUUCGCCCUUCGAGAGAUCCUCCAAGAUGACCCAGAGUCGGAUCUCAUCGUCAUGUUCGGAGCUGAAUGCUGGGGAUGUCACAAGAGCGUUGUCUUCUCCGCGGCGCCAUUACUCCGCAAUGAUUGCACCUGCAAGGAGACCUGCGGAAUCGAAUACAACGAACUGGACCUCUCGGGAGAGACUUACAAAGCCGCACGUCUGGCAAUACUGUCGAUGUACGACUUCGAUGAGACCAGGACACUUGAAGGCUUCAGUUAUAGAUCUUGCAUUGACGUGUUGGAGAUUGCAGAGCGUUGGGGAAUGGAGGAUCUCCAGCAAGCGGCUAGGACAGCUUUGGAAAAGCAAGCGAUGUUCUCUGAGAAUUCCAGGCGGACAGCAAAAGUCAUCGCCGCGUUGCGCAAUCUGAGCGAGGAAGAGGACCUCAUGUUGGCAGAUCGAAUCGAGAUGAAGCGUAUGCCCGAGCUACUUCUGGCAUCUCGUCGUGGUCAGUUGUCCUACGAAAACGUCAAGACAUUCCUCGCCUCGGUCGGGGUGGCGACUAGCGGGAAUGUCUUCAGUUCGAAGGAGGUCGUGCUCAAGGAUGUUGUGCCCAUGGAAGUCGACGCUCCUCCAGCUCGGGAGAAGACUGCGCCCAGCUCUUACAAGCCGAUCAUUUCACACAAAGCUACUGUCAAGCCUGAACAGACCAUUGCCAGCGAGAAAGAAGCUACACCAAGAUCCGGGCCUCCACUCAAGCGCCGCAGAUUCAGCGACGAAGAAAGCAAGGGUAUUUUCAUGACAGAGCUUCCGAUCAGGCAAUCCAAGGUGAAGUUCGUCGCAGUAGACGCAGCUGGAGCCGCCAAGUCCGCCAUAUCUCCAGCACGUCCUCAGAUGAUCGUUUUCGCAGGUCACCUCACCACGAACACCUGCGCGCUCCAACCCCGACUCCUCGGCCACUCACUACCGAAAGUCGACCUCGAUGGGAGUGGAUGCACAUACACAGAACCUUUUGGUGACGAAUCUUUCGUUGGCGACUGGGCAGGAAGGAUCGUCCGGGCCUUUCUUGUCUCUGUCCACGUCACAGGAGCGGGACUGGACUUGCCAGAGGAGAGCCGCGAGUACAGCAAGGAGAGCGAGGUGUUUACGUCACAGGAUCGAUAUCCAGCAGCCAUGGGACUCACAGCCGAUCUUCCGUUGCUCUUCAACGAUGAAACGUACUCGGACCUCAAGGUACAUUACCAAGGCACGGGUGAUUGCAGUCACAGAUGCAUAGUCUUGCCAAAGUCGAAAAAGCUUCGUGACAUGUGCACGCGCGAGAAAGAUGAUUUGAAGGGUGUGCCGCAGUACGAGAUAGACAUGAGCUCCGAGGCGGCUGGCUAUGCGCCUGUCGGGGCGAUGUUGAAGUCGAUGUACAUGAGCGACGAGACUCAGAUAUUCGAAGGAUGCACUUUUGGCGAGUGCGUUGCUACGUUCGACCUCGCGGAACGCUUCGGUCUGGCUGAUCUCAAGGAGGCUACGCGUAGGGCUUUGGGUCCGGCUAAUGACAACCUUCGACUUGGCUCGGAUGUCGGAGAGUGUAUGGAUCUGAUCCUGAACUUGAAGGGCGCCGAGGUCUCAGCACUUGUCGAUCAAUUCUUGCUAGAGCGAAUGCCCGAGUUCCUCUGCCAUAAACCCACGUCUCAAUGGCUGGAAGGGAAGGACACUCUCAGGUAUCUCAGUAUGCUGGAGCGUCGGACAAGAAUCGACAGCACACGCAUCACCUCUGGAGAAGACAGUGUCUUCGAAGACAGCCCGGACAACAGCUGCGUGACGAAAGCUGCUCGAGCGAUGGUCGGGCCGGAACCUGAGCCCGAGUCCGAGCCUGAGUCUGAACCCGAACCUGACGCUGAUCUAGCUCCGCCAUCCAAGAAACGCCGGCGUGGUAGAAAAUUGAACAGCGUCGAUGCAGAUACCACUGCAUUAUCGAAUGCAGUUGUCAAUAUCGCUGAACAAGCAAGCUCAGUGGAUGCUGUGAUACUACAGGACAAUUUCGAGGAGAGUGCUGCCUUGAGGUCGUCCUGGCCGCCUGCCGAAGCGCCGCAGCCUGCAGUUGCGAGACGCAAAUCCACAAGGCUCAAGACCAUUCGCAAGCAGGCCACGUUCUGUGCCGGUGAGGCGGAUGAGAUGCGGGAGGUCUACGCCGGAGAGAUGGAGCCAGAAGGUGCCAACGGAAAGCAGAGAGUGGCGCUGCGGAGACCAGGAAGCUACGAUGGGGAUGAUGAAGAGCCAGACGUGGAGCUCAAGCGUGAAAAGUGGGGCUUGAAGGAAGAUACGGAGGAGCCAGUGUUUCGAUCCAAGCGCAUCAAAAGGAGUUUAAAGGAGGGAGAGGAUGAGCCAGGAGGUUAA